AUGGCGGACCGUGGACAUGGGCAGCGUCAGGCGAAGGGCGACUUCGACCCCAAGGGCUACCGUGACGACCUCUACCGCGACCAACCUUCCCAUCAUAGGGCAAGGAUGGCGCACGGGCUGACACCGAAGGCAUCGCCGGCGGCGCGGUCGCCCCACCUGCCGCUGGCCUAUCCCGCCAGGCAGUAUGAUCCUCACCACGGUGCCCAGUACUUCGAUCGGGCUUCGCGCCGGGAACAGGACCCCCGUGGCCCCCGCGACCUCCCAGCCACCAGGGACCACGGGCAAGGCCAGGCUUACCCACCCAACCACGUCGGUGCGCCGGAGAGCGGGGUGCAGGCCGCCAAGAGUGCCAUCCAAAAGCUGUCCGACAUUGAGGUCCGCGAGCUACUCUUCUCGGGGGGCGCCGUUGCAUCUAAGCUUCUGGAGACGGCUUACGCCCUCCCCUCCGACUACAAGCCCGACAUCCCGUUCGACACGGAGGACUUCAUCAACGAGCGCAAGAAAUGCAACGCCGAGAUGAUGCGCAGGGAGAUCUCCCAGAACGCCGAAGAGUAUUGCCCCUACAUCAUGCGGGCGCAAGCCAGGCGCAACCUGCAAAAGAUUGUGCCGUUCGUGCCCCUCGAUUCGGACACCUUCUCCUUCUCGGUCUUCCUAGCUUGGAUCACGACCCAGAGCCCGUGCAAACGAGCCGAGCAGUCCACGUCAGGCGAGUGCCUGUCCAACAUGACCCACACGGUCGCCGCCCUUCUUGCGGACCAGGGCCAGGCGCAUAAGACGGUCACCCAGUACACGCUCGACGACAUCAAAAAGUUCAAGCCUGACCGCAUGCACCAGGCCAGGAACACGAAGACUAUCGACUGGGCCAUGGACGAGGCCGUGCCGACGGAGGACUCCCCAGCGUCGGAUCGGCAACGCUUCGCAGUCUACCGCAAGGCGCUCGAUGCAAUCGUGGCGCCCAAGGGCCGGUCGAAGAAGCCAGACCCGAAGGUCCUCGCGGUCUUCAAGGACAAGGCGUCCGAGCUCGGCGUUCGCUUCGACGAGAAGCGAUUUGGGGACUUGUCGCAGCUCCUGGCGGCCAUCAUGGCCAAGACGCGCUCGACAGAGAUUUGA